AGAGCAAUAACGGCAAGGCUCGACGGAGCCGAUGAACAUUUCUCCUGUUACAGGAAGAACAGUCUCUUCCCACCACCGCUCUCCUCUCACAGCUCUAUUCCCAGAUCUCUGCCCGGAUCUCUCUUCCCACCGACUUUUCCAUUUACUGCCUCCUUUAACCAGAUCUUGUCGACAAUAUACGCCGAGCUUCACUCUCAUUAUUCGUCAUCUCCAGGGUUGAGACCAGUCUCUUCACACCGACCAAUUCUCGGAAUACUUCAUCUUUGCCGCAGUCGCAAUCAGCACCUCUUCAAAAGUCGCUACCAUGAGAUUCGCCGGCUGCUACGGUGAUAACCCCCGUAGCGCGCUGUUUUCCUGGUACAAAGCGCUUGAAGACCUGAUAAUUCCUGUUCCUUCGGUCGCCUGUGACGAGCGCGAUGUGCCCAUCCGGUCGAUGGAGCACGAAGGAGACCAUGCCUUCAAACCACGCGCGGGAGCCGGACGAUUUGCUGAGUUGGUUGCUUCACAGUUCGAUUCUUCUCCAGCUCAGAAGCACGAUACCCCGUGGGCUGGAUCGUGGACGGAGGCGGUCAAGAAUGCGUCUGAAGCCAUCAAGGCAGGGUUUUAUUUCUACGACUCAGUCUCGGAAUAA